CACAGCUCGGUUCUGCGCGCAUUGUCACCGAUGCCCCGCCUCUGCUCGCACGCUGCCUUAAACCCGGCAGCCCGCAGCCAGAACCGAGCUGCAUCCAAUUAAGGCGGACUCUCGCCGGGGCAGGUUGCACCAUCAAGGGGGGGCUUGGAAAAAAAAAGAAAAAAAAAAAGAGGCAAAAUCCAAUUCCUCCCUGCAGGACAAUGUCGAUGAGCCCCAAGCAUACGACCCCCUUUUCAGUGUCCGACAUCCUGAGUCCUCUGGAGGAGAGCUACAAGAAGGCGGCCAUGGACCACGGGAGCGGCGCGCAGCUGCAGGCGAGCUACCGGCAGCCGCAGGUGUCCCAGGCGGCCAUGCAGCAGCACCACAUGGGCCACAACGGCGGCGUGUCGGCCUACCACAUGAGCGCCGCCGGGGUGCCGCAGCUGUCCCACGCCGCCGCCGCCGCCGCCGCCGCGGUGGGCGGCUACUGCAACGGCAACAUGGGCGAGCUGGCGCCCUACCAGGACGGCAUGAGGGGCAGCGCCACGGCCGCGGGCUGGUACGGAGCCAACCCGGACCCCCGGUUCUCCACCAUUUCCCGCUUCAUGGGCUCCUCCUCGGGCAUGAACAUGGGCGGCAUGGGCGGCCUGGGCUCCCUGGCGGAGGUCCACGCCAAGGGCAUGGGCUCCCUGGCGUCCACCCCGCGGAGGAAGCGGCGGGUCCUCUUCUCGCAGGCGCAGGUCUACGAGCUGGAGCGACGCUUCAAGCAGCAGAAGUACCUCUCGGCCCCGGAGAGGGAGCACCUGGCCAGCAUGAUCCACCUCACCCCCACGCAGGUGAAGAUCUGGUUCCAGAACCACCGCUACAAGAUGAAGCGGCAGGCCAAGGACAAGGUGACCCAGCAGCAGAUGCAGCCGGACGGGGGUUCGUGUCAGCAGCAGCAGCAGCAGCAGUCCCCGCGCCGGGUGGCGGUGCCGGUGCUGGUGAAGGACGGCAAGCCGUGCCAAGGCAGCGGGCAGCACACGCCCGCCGCCGCGCAGACCCACCCGCACCCGCACCCGCACCCGCACCAUCACCACCAGCACCCGCAGCAACACCCGCCGCAGGCCGCCAACGUCAUGCUCAUGUCCGCCGGCGGCAACCAGGCGCACCAGCAGCCGGUGGGCAGCGCCGGGCACUCCCCGGACUUGGGCCCGCAUUCCUCCAGCCCGCCCGCGCUGCAGAGCCAUGUGCCCGGCCUCUCGCACCUCAACUCCCCCGGGGCCGAGUACGGCUCGGCGCUGCAGUGCUCGGCGCUCUUGUACGGCAGGACGUGGUGACCAUAAGUACGAAAAAAAAAACAAAACAAAAAAACAGAAAGACUUCUCUCUUUUUUCAAGCAUUUUUGGACCAGUGCACAAUACAACUACUUUUUUUCUACCAGAAGUGGAACAGUUGGGAUUUAUUUAUGUAAAUUAUAUUGAAAAACAACCCUGUAAAAAUAGACUUUCAAAGACGUUUUAAUGUCAGCCGCAUAGAUUUAGAAUGUAAUUUUUAUCUGGGUUUCCAAUAUUGUACAGUUUUAUUUCCUCUCUUUUGGACACUUUGUUGCCGACUUGUUGUCAUUUCCUUGGUAUUUGUACGUCUCAUUUAUUUGUAACUUAUAGAUAUUUGACCACGCAAAAAACAGUCCGACUAAUAAAUUAUGGAUGCAAGUUUGUGGAAUAUUUGCUCUCAAACUGGACAAGGAAUGAUAACAAUAAU